GAGAAUAAACUACAACUCGUUGCGUGAUAUUCUCCCUUUUCACUACUCAAACCUGAAUUUCGACCAAAACUUUCAGAAAAACUGUGAAAAUGCCACGAAUCCAGAUUAAAGGAGGUGUUUGGAGGAACACUGAAGAUGAAAUCCUCAAGGCAGCUGUGAUGAAAUAUGGCAAAAACCAGUGGUCUAGAAUUGCAUCACUGUUACACAGGAAAUCAGCUAAGCAAUGCAAAGCAAGAUGGUUUGAAUGGCUGGAUCCAAGUAUCAAGAAAACAGAAUGGAGUCGAGAGGAAGAUGAGAAGCUCCUACACCUGGCUAAACUCAUGCCCACCCAAUGGAGGACCAUUGCACCCAUUGUGGGACGUACUGCAGCUCAGUGUCUGGAGAGAUAUGAAAUCUUACUUGAUCAAGCGCAGAAGAAGGAGGGUGAUGGGGAUACAAUGGAUGAUCCGAGGAAACUGAAACCAGGAGAGAUUGAUCCUAACCCAGAGACUAAACCAGCUAGACCUGAUCCUAUUGAUAUGGAUGAAGAUGAACUUGAGAUGUUAUCAGAAGCCCGUGCUCGUCUAGCCAACACGCAGGGUAAGAAGGCCAAGCGGAAGGCUCGUGAAAAGCAGCUUGAGGAAGCGCGACGUCUUGCAGCUCUUCAGAAGCGUAGGGAACUCCGGGCAGCAGGUAUCGAGGUCAACAAGAAGAGGCGCAAGAAGCGCGGCGUUGAUUACAAUGCUGAGAUUCCGUUUGAGAAGAAGCCAGCACCAGGGUUUUACAACACAGCUGAUGAAGUGGUCGCACCUGUGGAUCCAAACUUCAAGCGGCUUAGGAGAGAGGACAUGGACCAAGCUCGUAGAGAUGAAAUUGAAGAGAGAGAACGAAAGAAGGAUAGACAGAAGUUGAAGAAGAGGAAAGAGAAUGAUUUGCCUGGAGCCAUUGCUAUGACAAACAAGAUGGCUGAACCAAUGAAGAAGCGUAGCAAACUUGUCUUGCCUACUCCACAAAUAUCUGAUGCUGAGUUAGAAGAGGUUGUAAAGCUUGGUCAGGCUAGUGAGAAUGCCCGUCAGAUCGCUGAGGAAGGAGCAGUCAAUGGUGCAUCGGAUGCUCUUCUUUCAGACUACACCAUGACCCCAGGACCAGCUAAUCUCAGAACACCCCGUACUCCAGCUACACAUGAUACAGUACUUCAGGAGGCACAGAACAUCCUUGCACUGCAGAACGUUGAAACGCCAUUGAAAGGAGGUAUGAACACAGCAGUAGGAAGCAGUGAUUUUGACGGUAUCACCCCCAAGAGACAAGCUACACAGACACCUAACAUGGCGUUCAAUACACCAUUCAGAACGCCAGGUCAUGAGUCGCAAGCAAGUUUGACCCCUCGGAUGACCCCACGGAUGGGCACUGGUGGAGGCCAAACCCCAGGUCAGACUCCGCUACGUGACAAACUCAACAUCAAUCCCGAAGAAGCACUUAUGGAAUUUGAUAGUGUACACAGUGCCAAACAACAACAGAGGGAAUUGAAGGCCAGCCUUCGGCGAGGCCUAUCAUCACUGCCAGCUCCAAGGAAUGAUUUUGAGAUUGUGAUACCAGAGAAUGAUGAGAAGCUGUUAGAAGAGCCUCAGGAUAAUUCAAACUUCAUUGAGGAUGCAUCGGAUGUGGAGAAUAGACGACUUGCAAAGCUGGCAGAAGAGAGAGAGAAGGAAUUAAGGAGCAGAUCUCAGCCACUCCAGAGAGGUCUUCCAAGGCCUGUGGAUAUCAACACAUCUAUCCUGAGACCAAAGGACCUUGAGACUCCUAUUACAGAGCUACAGAAGGCUGAGGAGAUGAUCAAGGUUGAGAUGAUAACGAUGCUGCAUUACGAUGCCUUGAAGAACCCUGUAGGGGAUCAGCCAGGGAUGAAGAAAGGUGAUAAACCUACCAGUAAGACUAACCCAGCUGCACAUGCAGCAUACCUUGAACAUCAUCCAUAUCACCAGUAUGAGGAGGAAGAUAUGAAAAAAGCCAAUGAGUUAUUAAAAGCUGAGAUGGAAGUCGUGAAAACCGGCAUGGCCCACGGUGAUCUCCCUAAAGAGGCCUAUACCCAGGUGUGGGAAGAAUGCCUCGGUCAGGUGCUUUACAUUCCAUCUAAGAACAAAUACACCAGAGCCAACAUGGCCAGUAAGAAAGACAGGAUUGAAUCGGCAGAGAAGAAACUUGAGUCUAAUCGUGGUGUAAUGACAAGAGAAGCAAAGAGAGCGGCUAAGCUUGAGAAGAAACUAAAGAUCUUGCUUGGAGGCUACCAAUCUCGAGCUCAAGGACUCACCAAACAGCUUGCUGAGAUCCAAGAGGAGGUUGAACAAGCGUAUGUAGAACUCUGCACAUUCCAAGAACUACAGAGUAAUGAAGAUAUUGCUAUUCCAAAGAGGAUGGAGUCCCUUCGAGAGGAUGUAAAGCGUCAGAGUGACCGAGAGAGGGAGCUCCAACAACGUUACUCUGAUCUCAUGUUUGAAAGAGAGAUGCUCAGCGCACAGAUUACCAAGUUAGAGAUGCAACAAUCUGGACCGAAGUUUUAAUUCAGAGAUGAUGAAAUUACAGGGGGGAGUGGAGUUUUAUAAAGAUCUAAAUCUGACGUAAUGCCACCGCACACCUUAUGAGCCGACUGGUCUACGACCGGCAUGUGACGUCACAGCUCUUGUCCGCUUGAGAGUCGCAGAGGGGUCAGAGACAAAGUGCAAGAAAAUCGUAAGGAUUUGACUUGUCAAAUCCUUAUGUUGGAACCCAAGCUCAAUCCAACGCGUAUACGAUAUACAAAGUGCAUACGCAGUAGUAAGUGCCAUUUUCUGAGUUGCUAUGGCAAAAAGCGCAUCCGUUAGUCUCAGACAACACGGCGGUCGGAUCACAAGGUGUGCGGUGUCGAGGCUUAUGACUACCUUGCGAUUCAUCUCCCCUCACUCAGUCGCAGACCAGUCGGGUCGUAAGGUGUGCGGUGGCCUUUGUAGUCAUGCACAAGUACCAAGGUGCAUUUGAUCCAUUAUCUCAUUGAUUGAUUUGUGGUAGAGCGCCCCAUGAUUGCAAUCUACCUAGUAUUGAUAUGUUAUGUGCCACAUGCAACUUGGAAUGCAGGUUUGAAUGGUGGUGCAGAUAACUGUAAAACUGUUCCACAACACCAUGAAUUGUAAAGAACUUCUCCCAUGAAUGUCCAUGCAUGAUACAAACUUCUUCAUGAAAUAUUUUGGAGUUUUAUUCUUGCUUGAGUCUCUUGGAGACACCCCUCAGGAGUAACGUUUGACCCGAUCAGCCGCAAUUCUAUGGAAAUCCAUUAUUGUCAUGAUAUUUUCUACAAGAAAUUUCUAAAAUGACAUUUUGUACACAAAGAGAAAUAUGCUGAAUUUCCAAGAAAACAAUGCAUGUAUGAAUAAACAUCAUAGUUAGAAAAAUAUUUUGAAGAAACAUGCAUUUUAGAUGUUGAUGUUGCUGGCUUUCCAUAGUUGUGGUUGAUUGGAUCAAUCGCAACACUUGGCAAGAUGGCCCAGAACUCCCUUGUUCAAUAUUUCUCAUGAAGAGAUUAAUUAGGAGUUCAGACUGUGGGUCAUCUAAUGAUAAUUGCCAAAUUUUAUUUCAUUGCAGCUUGCAGAUUAAUAGCACACUAUCUUUUCAAAUAAAUUUGGUUCUGAAAAGGGUCCACUCACUGAAAAAAAGCCAAACACUUUUGGUAGAAAUAUUCUCAUUUUAGUCAGAAUAAUCGAGUACUCUUGCUCACUCUUGAGUGAGAUGAAAAAUUCAAUUAUAAUUCUGUUUCUCAAAAUUUUUAUUACAUUUUUCUUUAAGAUUUGGACAUUUUGUUUAGAUUCUGAUUGAAAUUAUCUAAUGAUGUUGAAGACAUUCAAGUAAUAUGACUUCCCAGGUAUUUUAAAAUGUAUCUGUAUACAUAUCAAACUGAAUCACUUCCAUGCUGUAUGAUUCCACAGGAAAACGACACAAUUUCUUUGUUUCAUAGACAGUUCGGAAUUGAUUUAAUUGGCAUUGCAAAUUUGUAAUGCUGGGCUGCAUUGAGUUGGAUAUUUAUUAUCUAAUUUAAAGAAAAUUUAAAUCGAGGUCAUUUGGGGAAUUUUCAAUUGUUUAUUUAGUUAUUUCUAAAUUUGAAUUUUAUGCUUGAAAAUCAAAUUUUAACAUGCACACAUUGAAUAUAUCUUUGCAGGUUUGCAUAUGGUGCAGAUAACUGUUCCACAGUACCAUGAAUUGUAAAGAACUUCUCCCAUGAAUGUUCCAUGCAUGAUACAAACUUCUUCAUGAAAUAAUUGUAUGUGUCUUUGCCAAAGCUUUAUGAGAUGUACUAUAGAUUACAUAUGAUAUUGCAUUUAUUCAACAUGUAAAGCAUUAUUCUCAAUUUAUCUAAAUCUGGCUGGGAUUCUCAUUGAGAGAUGUACAAGAAAUUGGCUCUUAUUCUUAAGGAGAUGCUUUGUUACUGCUAAAAGAUGAUUUAUCGUUUUAUUAAAAAAAAAGUUGAGAGGGAAAAAUAAUGGCUGCUAUUAUAUUGUAUUGAACUGAAAGAGAAUAUCUUCGGUUUGAGCAGUUGGUUCAUUUUUGUGAUCAGAGUAUGGACAGGACAUCACUUGAUAGACAUUCUAGUGUAAAAUAAAAAGAGAAAUUAUCUGUCACUUUGAGAUUCAAGGAUUCACACUGGGGUUGGAGGGAUGUGUUGCAUUUAGCUUCACCAAUUAGUAAUUUUGUUUCUAUUUUCUUGUUAUGCAAGCAGUAGGGUGCGUAUUUGUUAGAGGUAUUGCAUUGUCAUAAUUAUCUUCUGAACGAUCUGGAAAAUAGAAAGAAUAGUUGUAAAGUACAGUCUCAUGAGGGUCACUGAUUGUAUGGUAUGUUUAUUGUAUAUAAAGUAUUAAGAGCAAUCAUUCAAUUAUGUGCAGAAAUAAAUUCUUGACAUCAUGUCAAAUUGUA